AUGAGCUAUCACAUUUUUGCCAUAUUUAUUGGCCAAAUUUUAUUUUUCAGGCUAACACUAGCCGAACGAGAAUGUGGGCUCCCUAAAAACCUGGAAACGCUCCCUGACUUUGCGCGGGAGGAGAUUCGAGAAAUAUGGCGGAACCAUGUGCCAGGUACACCAUGUCUUAAAGAAAUUGAGAUUGAGAAUGAUAUUCUGGAUGUCAUAAAAAGUUUUGAGUCUGAUUCCUCUCCAAACAGCGACCGAGCUAGGGAGUUAUCUACAACUACAGAGUCAGCGGUUGAUCCGGAUUACGAUCAUAUUGGAACUAAUGGAGGUACCCCAAUACCUCUUCUCUCUGCUUCCACCUUUUCAACACCUACAAAAAAGUAUAGAAGCUCAGAUGACGCUGAUAGUGAUGACUAUCUGGAUCAGACCACAUUUGACGACGUAGCCAUGAUGCAGUUUGAUAGUGUCAGAGCCCCAUUUUUACGAUCAGCGAGUCCAUAUGUGAAAAGUGAAUUCCAAAAGGUUUGGGAAGACCAGGAUAUUCCUAGUGAGAGUUUGAGGUCUUUGAAGAUCCAAACACUAGCGGUGUCACUAUUAACGUCAAAACAACUCUCAGAUUAUAAUCGUUGGGCAACAAAACGAAGGAGAGUCUUGAAGGCAAGAGAGCAAGAAAUGCGGCAACUAAGUUUCGAUGCAAAACAAGCUCUCCGAAAGUUGAGUGUACAACGAGAUGAUAUCAGUCAUAUAGUUGUACCCGCUGAUGUGAAAAAUGAGUUGACGACGUUUGUGCAAAGAUUGAAUCGAAGACGUAAUUUGAAGUUGGUACACUAA